GGGAGUCCGCGUGUGCCUGCUGCGGCCAAUGGCCAAACAACGGGCCGUUUCUCGCUUUCUCCCUCUGGCCACUGGCUCUUGUCGCCAGUCAAAUUCCCCAGGGCCCUUGAACUUGCUGCUUCCAUCCUAACCGACCCCUUCCACUCGCUUGUUUCACUCGCCUGGCACCUAAUCGCCAUCGUCAUCAUUCUUCAUUUUUUUUUCUUACUUUACUUUCGACACCACUAUUUUCAUUGUUGUACGGCCUCAUCCUUAAGACGCAUAGUUUGGCCACACCUCGAGAUUUUCCUUCAAAAUGCGCCUGCCGUUGGCACUCGUCUUCGGCGCGCUGCUUGGAAGCGUCCAUGCAAAUGUUGUGAUCCGACAAGACGACUCGGGCUCAUCGUCCACCGCUCCAGGCUCGAGCGAUGGCGGCGACUCGUCCACCCCUCCACCGUCAUCCUCGACAACUCCUCCCCCGACCUCGUCGACUCCUGGCAGCAGCAGCAGCAGCAGCAGCAGCAGCAGCAGCUCUUCCGACGACAGCACCACCACCAUCUUUGAGACCGAGACUGUGACGGGCCCCGGCGGCAGGACUGCGACAAGCACCAGGACGCUGACGACGACCAUCACCACCACGAUUGUCACGACGUCGACGGCUUUUACCACGACCACUGUUACUAGCAGCAACGCGGAGACAGCCACCACGACCGUCUUUGAGACUAGCACCGUCUUCGAAACGCCCACCGCCGCGCAGAAGCGGGAUUACAGGAUUGCGCCCAGGACGGGAGUUGAUCCUCUUCCCACCGAGGUUGUCGAUGCCGAGUCUCUGAACCAAUAUCUGGCUCUGCGCGAUUUGGAGGCGCGCGCCUUCGUCACCGAUGUCGUGACUGUGACCGUCGGAGGCGGCGGUGGCACCACAAUUGUCGACACCACCACCAGGACCGUCAGAGACACCGAGACCUCCAGGACCGUUGUUACCAGGACCAUUACCCAGACGAACCAGGUCAAUGCCAAGACGACCGUUACUACGACCAGCACCUUGACCGUCACCUCGACUGUUGUUACCACCGGUGUGCAGGAGACCAGCACCGCCCCGACAGGCUCUGGUACGGGCGUUCCGGCUGGUAACACCAGCCAUGCCUCCGAUAGCUCGGGCCUGUCCACCGGCGCCAAGGCUGGUAUUGGUGUCGGCGUCGGCGUCGGUGGUCUUCUCAUCAUCGGCGCUGCCCUCUUCCUCAUCCUGAGACGUCGCAACCGCGGCCCCAGCCCUGACCACGACGACCUGGUUGGCGCUUCUGAAGUCCCGAUCGGCGGCGGCGGCGGCGGAAUUGGCGGUCCCGGUCGCCAGCAACCCAUGUCGGCUCACACCGCCAACGCAGCAGCUUUCCUGGCCCCCGGCCGCACUCCCGUCAAGCCCGUCGCUCCCGAGGGCUACCGUGGUACCGCCCUGGGUGAUGGACGUGCUGGAUAUGCCAAGCCAGAGCCGUAUGGCUCAGCCUACACUUCGUCCAGCCCGGCAACGACAAUGGCAAACACCGUCAGCCCCGUCUCGUUCGACAACAGGGCCGCCAACGUCCCCCCUGCUCAUGCCGAUGCUGCUGAGUUGGGCAACGACAACGUCAAUGCUGCCAAAUGGAACAACCCCGAGGCUUCUGAGAUUGACGGCAACGCAGUCCUGAGCCACCAGAGCGGGCCAGUCUACGAAAUGCCUACGCAAAACUACCACUAAAAGAAGCAACAAAAAAAAGGGUAAUAUUUGGUGACCUGAGAACUAGAAUACUGGAUCAGCAAAGGAGAUGGCUUGACUCCCCAACUGAUUGAUUGAUUGGGAGGAGCCCAUCUGCGGCAGCGGCGGGAACAUACAAGGCACGUGUCUUUUGUAUAUACUGUCUAUACCCGACGUGUUCACCACGAACUAGGCUUAAUUGCAACAGGAGAGGCUUGGUGAUUCUAACAAGACUUGGAGGGGGAAGGAUUUUUCGAUUGAUGUGAUUGUAUGAAAUUGACGCUAGAAGAAGGAGGCUAUGCCAUUAGCAAGACCUGUGAUGAUGCUGGAAGACUCGACAAACGUGUGACGAAUGAGGUUUGAGGAACUUGAGAGAGCAGAGCGUUGCUCUGUUCUGUGUAGCCACCUUUUACGUAUCUUUAAUAAUGGACCGUUUCAAUUUACUACGUGUUUUGAACUGCCG